ACGCCGCCGCCCGCCGCCGGCUUCGCCUUCUCGUGCCCGCGGCAGCUCAAGGUGCCGCCCUACCUGGGCUACCGCUUCCUGGGCGAGCGCGACUGCGGGGCGCCGUGCGAGCCGGGCCGGCCCGACGGGCUGAUGUACUUCAAGGAGGCCGAGGUGCGCUUCGCCCGCCUCUGGGUGGGCGUGUGGUCCGUGUUGUGCUGCGCCUCCACGCUCUUCACCGUGCUCACCUACCUGGUGGACAUGCGGCGCUUCAGCUACCCCGAGCGGCCCAUCAUCUUCCUGGCCGGCUGCUACUUCAUGGUGGCCGUGGCGCACGUGGCCGGCUUCGUGCUGCAGGAGCGCGCGGCCUGCGCGGAGCGCUUCGCCGAGGACGCCUACCGCACCGUGGCGCAGGGCACCAAGAAGGAGGGCUGCACCAUCCUCUUCAUGAUCCUCUACUUCUUCGGCAUGGCCAGCUCCAUCUGGUGGGUCGUGCUGUCGCUCACCUGGUUCCUGGCGGCCGGCAUGAAGUGGGGCCACGAGGCCAUCGAGGCCAACUCGCAGUACUUCCACCUGGCGGCCUGGGCCGUGCCGGCCGUCAAGACCAUCACCAUCCUGGCCAUGGGGCAGGUGGACGGCGACCUGCUGAGCGGCGUGUGCUACGUGGGGCUCUACAGCGUGGACUCGCUGCGCGGCUUCGUGCUGGCGCCGCUCUUCGUCUACCUCUUCAUCGGCACGUCCUUCCUGCUGGCCGGCUUCGUGUCGCUCUUCCGCAUCCGCACCAUCAUGAAGCACGGCGGCACCAAGACCGAGAAGCUGGAGAAGCUCAUGGUGCGCAUCGGCGUCUUCAGCGUGCUCUACACCGUGCCCGCCACCAUCGUGCUGGCCUGCUACUUCUACGAGCAGGCUUUCCGCCCCGCCUGGGAGCGCACCUGGCUGCUGCAGACCUGCAAGACCUACGCCGUGCCCUGCCCCGGCCACGUGGCGCCCGCCAGCCCCGACUUCACCGUCUUCAUGAUCAAGUACCUCAUGACCAUGAUCGUGGGCAUCACCACCGGCUUCUGGAUCUGGUCCGGAAAAACCCUGCAGUCCUGGCGGCGCUUCUACCACCGGCUCAGCAGCGGCAGCCAAGGGGAGACGGCGGUAUGAGGGCGAGCCUGCCUCCCUCCCUUGCCCCCUGCCCUGCGGGCGCCCCGGGGAGCCCUCGUGGCGCCCGGCGCGGGGGCUCAGGCCCGGCCUUGCGGAGUAAGUGCCCUUCCAGGC